AAGUUAUGCACAUGUCCAUUUUAUACUGUACAUAUGCUCAUUUUGUUUUGUAUGUUUUUGCAAGUCCAGUACCCUCCACAAACUGGUCUUGUGUUUAUCAUGUUUAUAGUCGGGUCUUAUACUCUCUGUAUAUUGUGUUCUAGGCCAUUGCCCUCUACAUGUUAUACAUCUAACCAUUUCCUACUAUACGACGUGCAUGCACCCUUACCUGGGUGGGAGCAUUUAAGCGGCUACUAGAUAGGCAUAUGGAUGAUAGUAUAAGGUAGGGGUGGAGGUUAGAUAGACCUUAGGAUUAAGGUAAAAGUUCGGCACAACGUUGUGGGCCGAAAGGCCUGUACUGUUCUAUGUUCUAUGAUCCCGUCCGGGCAUUCAUUUUUCAGCCGCGCGAUUUGCUCCUUCCUCGAGCCUCUUCUGUCUGCGUGCCGGUGGCGGGAACAUCAGGUGACGUAGUGGAGUGACGGGAGUUCUGAACCAACGGAAGUUCGGCUCGCUUUGCUGCUGAGCCAAUGGGGUUUGAGGUGGGAGCGAUGCCUGUCGCCUAACGUUUGGCGCGUGGUGGGGAGGUCGGCGGUUAACGGUCAAGUACUUGGGCAGGGUGAGAGGAAUGGUCGAUGGUGAGUUGAGAGCCUGUCUUCUCAGGUGAAAAAAAAAACAAGACCUGCGGGAGCUAGAAGUUUUGCCUCGAGAGUUUACACUUUUCCAUAUUAAGAAGAACCCUUGUGAUUUUCUGUCGAGAAUUUGGGUCCUCUGGAUCUUUAUGCGGUGAUGUAUACAGUUUGCGUUAAAUAAUGCUGAGUAUUGAUAAUGUUGCAUGCCUUCUCUGUCUCUCAACCCCCUUACACCCCACAUCCCAUCAUCUUGUCAUCAUUUCCAAUAAAUAAGUAUAUUGCUUAGGUUUAGGCAGGGCGAACAAACUGGCUUAAUUGGUAUUAUUGCCAUCAUCUCCAGGAUCAUUGUUUUCUGCUGCAUAGUUCUCAGCUCAGGUGUUUCAAAGAUGUUUAAUGGAGCGAGUGGUUCCUGAGGGGCCAAGGGUCAGGAUGCUCAGUUAGGUUCUUGUGUUGUGGAAUUGAGCCAGGUGGCCCGGGUUCGAGUUCCACCUGCUCCAGACGCCAAUAUUAACCUCUCUGAACGUGUUGAUUAGACAAUAUCUCAGAAUAACCUGUCAGUGGUUCUGAUUUUGUAGCUGGGGAAAUUGGACAGCGAUUACAGCAGACUGUUGUAGAAGAGAUGUUCAGUUCUCUGAACAUUCAGAGACCAUAUAAACAUGGUUGUCUGCUCCAUGAACUACUAGAAUGCAGUCUGAACUCAUUGAAGAUUUACGGGAGCCCAGAAUGUCUUCAGCGCUAAACAAAUCAAAAAUGCCUACAUUUUACUGCAUUUGGCCUUGUGAAAAGUGCAGUUAUUGCAAUGCCUUAAGUACACAAAAAUGUAAGAACUGCAGUGAACCAAUAAAAGAUGGAGAGCAGCCUUUGUAUUUGGAAGAUAAGAAUAUGCUUCUUGCGCACAACCAGAGAAUCCUUGCAUCUUUUUCCACUGCUGAGAAAGCAUUCCUGCGCUUCAGAGCGGUUAGCCCUAAUCCUGAAAGGCAGAAAACAAAUGAAGGCAUUUGUGAUAAACCUAUUAAUCAGCUGUUUGACUCUAGAAUGAAACCUCACACCUUUGAUAGGGUAUUAACGACUCAACGUGCUGAAGAAAUUGCUGAGACAAAAUCUCAAUUUUCAGACGCUUUGGAGUCAGCAUAUGAAACUCACUCCUCUAAUGGAAGCUCAGUUGUUGAGGAUCUGACAAAGGAAACUGAUUUAGUGUUGGCUGUUGAGCAAGAGAAGAACAAGCAGAAAUUAGUAUUGAUGAAAGAGUAUGGAAAUGAAUCGACCCUGUCUUUGGACACAGAGUUUGAAAUGUACAGGAAACUAAAUGAAAUGAACUUGGAGCAAGCUGCUAGUGAUUGUUUUCAGGAGGGUAAAAGAGAAACGUUGCAUCAAUACAUUCCGGAAUGUAAGGAUUUGGGGAGAUUGAAUAUAGAACCAUUUCCUGAUGCGGAUGCUCAGAAUCCUGCAGAAUCUAAUCAGUUUGCACGUUGUAUUCCUCCAGUUGAAGAAAUCGAUGAGACCUCUUUUAUUUCUGCAGUCACUUCAACACCAAGAUCGUUCAUACAUGAGAAUAAUGAAAUAGCUAUUUGUGAAUGUGCAGAAAGGUCAGCUGAAACUCACCUUCUCGAAUGUAAAUCUGCUGGGACCUCAGAAAGUGCAUUCAAUGAUGGUGACAACAUAGGUCCUAAUGGGAGCAUGUUAGAACAAGUAGAAGGUUCAUGUAACAAUGUCCUUCAGACUAAUGUACUGUUGGAGAGUGUUAAUCUAAGAGAAGGAUGCUUCCUUUAUCAAGACAAUGAAUUUGCCAAUGACCAAUCUACCUAUAGUACAUCAAUAGACAUUGAAAGUGAAAGUCAGGUACCAUUGGUGCCAUUUAACACGAUUGAAACUGUAACUUCUACCAAUAUUAUUUCAAAAGCUGAAGACAUAUUACAGAACAGCAAUACCGAAUGUGCAUGUGAAAGUCCAGAUCGUCCAGGAUGGGAGAUGACCUGUGAACUAACUGCAGUUAGUUAUGAAAUGUCAGCAGAUUUAGAUGAACGGAAGUUUUUUGAUGAUUCAUUUGUGUCAGCUGCUGAGGAUAGCAUUGUUGCAAGUGUAGCAGUAGCAGACCAUUACUGUGAUGUGACGAGCCAAGUGAAUGAUGUAUUUGAACCAUUAGAGAUAACUGAAGACAAUCGGUUUAUCAACUGUGUCACACAGACAUCUGACUUGACAGCUCCUGGAGGUGGUACUUUGCUUGAAGGAACUUGUCCUCAAAACCAAGUGAAAUGUGACAACUGUUGGAAAAAGAGCUCAAAAGGUUUAAUUAUGAAGGUAAACCAAUAUAUUGAUGCAUGCACUGAUUUCAGAACUGAUUUCACCAUGGAUAAAGACACAACAGCUGUAAUCCCUGUUGUUGACCGAGCUGACAACACAGAUAUAACUUUGAUGAGCAAAAAUAGACCAACUCUGGGACAAAGUAGAAAGUAUGGAAAUGUUGCAUGUAAUACAAAGUGGUCCAUUGUUGAAUCUACUGUGAAACAACAAAGCACACAGACAGCUAAGGUCACCACAGAGGAGAAAUCCAUCAAUACGGUCUUACAGACAACAGAUUUUAAUUCAUAUUCAAAGGAAUUGGGUCCCAAUCAAUGCAAAACCAAAUUGAGGAAAGUUCUUGGUGAACUUGAAGAGCUGAAGAAAAAGUGUAAAAGUACAGAACUGCAGCAGCAGUGUUCUCUUUACCUGUCUGUCACUGAAGAUGGAAACCAUUCAUCAGACUGCUGCAGCAGUAUGAAGCAGAGAGCUAUAAAGGCAGAGUUACAGCUUUUGAAAAUGCAGUAUUGGAUGUGUCAACAACAUUGUUGGAGAGCUUACAACAUGGCUGUUGAGGAGAGAGGCUUUAGAGACCUGGGGUUGUCAUUUUUGGAAGUUGGCACUGAGUAUGGCACAACUAUAUCAUCUGCUUUACAGGAGCUUAAAACUAACUAUCAGAGUACAAUGCAGAAAGUGCUGGAAGGAAUGACGUUGGACAAUCUUCCUUUGUUGUCUGUUGAGUUGGAAGGACUGUCAAAUUCUCCAUUUGUUCCUGCUAUGUUGGGUGAUCAACAACCAAUUUGUCAAUAUCAAAAAAAUUCAAAUUAUAGAGAACAGUUUGCAUUGAAAGAGAUACCAUCUCGGGAAAUUCCUGCCAGAAAACUUGUCGAAGAUCAAGAUAAAACUGAUAUUCCAAGUGGUGAGCUGCAGACCAAUCAUUAUCAGCAUGUUGGGCAUAGAGUUAAGGCAGAAACUGAUUGUGAAAGUAUUGUAAAACAAGUUGUAGCAAAGGAUCCUGAAGUGACUGAUGAUUGGUUUGAUGCAGAAGAGAAUUUCACUGCUUCUAGUGGCUUCAGCGUCAUGCAAAUGAAAGCUAACAAAGGUGGAACCAGGACAACUGAAGACGAUAGGAUAAGUAAUGAUGCAUCCACUCGUAUCGAUGAGGAGACUGUUCAAACAUGUUACGUUUACAUGGAUGGGUUACCUGGAACAGUAACAGAGAGUGAAUUAAGAAACCUUUUUCAGAAAUACCAGGUGACUGGAAUUUGGCUUUGCAGUUUGCAUAGUGAUUACAGGUGCGGAGUUCUGAGAGUUACAACUUCCAAUUAUGCCAAGUUGGCAGUGGAUGAAAUGAAUGGAAAAGAGUACCAUGGGAAGCCCAUUAAAGUCCAUCUGGCAAAAAUCUCGGGCGAUCACGUGUUAUCUGUGCUUAAAAAUCAUUCGCAACCUUCAUUAAAUGUGCACACACUAAAAGACCAUGCUACAAAGGACACUAACUUCAAAGGACAGAAUCAGUGGGAGCCUUGUACUCCUCCAUUAUCAACUCGAGUUCUUAAUACAGCCUCUCAUAAGAUUAACAGAAGGAAAUACAAACAGAUGCAGUGUGUACAGGACAUUCCAACAGCAACAGGGACAUUCAUUCCUCCAAACUCUGCUAAUUUAAGUAGCUUUAACAAACUAAUGAAGACCCUCUUGGAAAUGCAUCCUGAAGCAAACAGGAAUGAUAUCAUUCAAGCACUGAAGGAAGUGAAAUCGAAUAAUAAGGGGUUUCUGAGUGGCUUGGCUCUAAACACAAUUGUACAACUAGCAUCUGCGAUUUUGAAAAGGCAAUUGUCUACAAAUAACAAAGAAUAAAGGUAUUUGGAGAAGAGGAGAACCUGCAGAAAUUCUAUUCGAAACCCAUUCCAGACUUCUGUCGAGCAUGAGAUGUUUGCAUAUUUCAUUUCAUUUUGCUGUCAAUCUAUGUUACUUGUUGAGUAAUGGAGAGGAUUGUGUGCUGCUGUAGUGGUGCAUUUAUUAUACAGGGCACUUUAAAGCUGCCAAUUCAUUGCAUUUGUUAAACUUCUUUGAGCUUCUGUUUUGUGAGAAAGUUAAAUAAAUUGAUGAGAAGCCUUUCCUUUGUAAGGUCUGCUGAAGUAUGUGAAUUGGGAAGGUAGUGAUAGUUUAUGCUUUAACUUGCAUUCAAAGAUGUGAAUUAACAAGUACA